AAUUGAACCACUCGUUCGCGUUCGAUGAGCCUUUGCGCACUCACCCAUGCGACGAGGCUACCGCUUAUUAGGUUUGGGUGUUUCCGUCUCUCUACUCUAUCUCCCGGUCAAAAGCUAGAUCCGAAGGCGUUCUCCAAGACUCUCCUUCUCCCCAAGACCUCAUUUCCGCUCUGGCCAGACCCCUCGAAAACAGAGCUUCCGUUUCGGAAGAAGACAUGUGAUGACCUCUACCGUUGGCAGGUACGACACGGCCGCGGUCCGCUCUUCGUGUUACACGAUGGCCCUCCAUAUGCAAACGGUCAUCUCCACAUUGGACAUGCCUUGAACAAGAUACUGAAGGAUAUCAUUAACCGAUACCAUGUUUCUAUUGGCGAUCGUGUCCAGUCAGGAGAUCCACACACACUCGCUCCUGAUACAAUUCGCAACGCUGCUAGAGCAACCGCUGAACGCGAGAUGUUAACGCAACAAGAGGAAUUCAAGCAAUUUGGCAUAAUGGCAGAAUGGAGCCCAGGAUCUACCUACCGUACCCUUGACCAUGCAUAUGAGAUGCGUCAAUUGCGAGUCUUUCAACAGAUGGUUUCCAAGGGUCUCAUAUACAGACACUACCGUCCGGUGUAUUACUCCCCUUCAUCACGUUCCGCACUAGCAGAAGCAGAAUUGGUAUAUAAGGAUGACCACGUAUCCCAUGCAGUUUAUGUCUCAUUCACGGUGGAUGCUAUGGGUGAUCUACCUAGUUUGGCAGGGAGGUUGGCAUCCUCGAAUGCGAGGGAGGAGGUGAUGGGAGAGCUGCGACGGGGAAUGGUAAAGUUCCUGGUGUGGACAACUACGCCGUGGACUCUCACAGCAAACAUGGGAAUUGCCGUACACUCUGAUCUCACUUAUGUCGUUGCCCGCAGUCAGCGUCACCGCGGUCUGUUCAUCCUUGCAAAGGAGAGAUUAGCGGCACUUGAACGUAUCCUUGGAUCUUACAGUGAAAUCAAGGUUAUAUCUGAGAUACCAGGCAGCCAACUUGUCGGGCUCAGAUAUCGCGGCAUAUUUUCAUUACCGUCUGCUCGUGAUGUUGUUUCACACCGGCACUCCUUCCAAGUUAUCUCCGCUGCACAUAUGAUUAUCAAGUAUUCCGUGCGCAAGGGCCUGCUUGAUUCUGGACUGUUGUGCCAUGUUGACGGGGAGGGUAAGUUCUCGGGUAACGUCAGGGAUAUCGUAUCUGGGAUCGAGGGAGGCGAAGAUUUAGUGGGUCUCGAGGUGCUGAAAGGUGGAUCUAAGGCGAUUGUUGCAUUGCUAGAACGCACCGGAUCGUUAUUGUCCGUCGAGAGAUUCCGUCACAGAUACCCCUACGAUUGGAAGACCAACGAGCCAGUUAUCGUAACGGCAACUUCGCAGUGGUUCGCAAAUUUGGACGAUAUCAAGGAGGAUGCUUUGGCUGCUCUCGACAACGUCGCUUUUUACCCACCAAGCUCUCAAAACCGCCUCACCUCUUUCGUUCGCUCUCGUUCUGAAUGGUGCAUCUCUCGCCAACGUGUCUGGGGAGUUCCGAUUCCGGCUCUGCAUCACAUACCGAGUGGUGCUUCAAUUCUCACAGCGUCGUCUCUUACCCAUAUCCUUGGUGUCCUGGAUCGUAAGGGUGUGGGCUAUUGGUGGGAUGGACCCGUCUCCGAGUUUGUGAGCCCUGAAUUAGUUGAACAAUAUGGCGGGGAGGUCAGUGGGCGGACGUGGCGCAAGAGCACUGACACCAUGGAUGUCUGGUUCGAUAGCGGAACAAGCUGGACUAUGCUUCCGUUCGGAGAAGAGCACGAGAGGACGCACCGUGCAGAUGUAUGCCUUGAGGGGUCCGACCAACACCGAGGGUGGUUCCAGAGCCAGCUGUUGACUGCUGUAGAAAAGGCAGCAAGUCCGUAUGGGACGCUGAUAACACAUGGGAUGGUACUUGAUGAGAGCGGGCGAAAGAUGAGCAAGUCCCUGGGGAACGUGGAUCAGCCCCUUGAUACUUGCAGGACAAGAAGAAGCAACCCGCGUUUGGUACGGACUGUCCUCCGGCUGUGGGCGGCGACUGUCGAGUAUUGGCGGGACAUGUCCAUCGGUCCGACAGUACUCGUGCAGACCGCUGAAUCGAUGAGGAAGAUCCGCAACUCAGCGAGGUUCAUACUCGGGAAUAUUGGUGCAACAAAGCGAAAAAUGAGGGAUCAAGGGUUGGAAACCCUUCCUCCCAUCGCGAAGGAGAAUCUUGGCUUGGCCGAGCGCACAACUGCCCUUCAGGGGUACGCGACGUACAACUUUCCGCGAGUGAUGACUGCAUUGGUGAACUUUUCUAACUAUUACACUCUCGACGUGUUGUAUGCCAACGAUAUCUGUAGUGUCGAAAGGCGCGCCGUUGUUGAUACCUUGGAGAGGAUCCUGCGGACUAUGACAUCCGUGUUGGCCCCUGUGCUUCCACACUUGGCGGAGGAAAUUCAUGGCCAACAUGCAGAGGAUGCACGAUUGUCAUUCUUCACUCAGAAAUGGACUCCAUUGAGCGCCGAAUGGAGUGAUUGUCUGGCAGAAAAAGAUAUGGAGAGCCUGUUAGGAGUCCGCAGUGUCGUGUUGACGCUCCUUGAAAGAGCGCGUGGUGAUAAGUAUGUCGUCGCUAAGCGGGUUCGAACAGCAAAAGGAACUGAAAAAAUGAUGUGUAGAAAUCUCAAGAGUGCCCUAGAAGCUAAGGUCACCAUUACUCUGCCCUCCGAUACGAAUACCGAACUAGUCCAGUUGCUGAAGCGAGAAGGUAUGUGGUUGGCACGAUAUCUCUGCCGCCCGAAGUUGAUGAUCAUCGUCAGCGUCUUUCUUGAAGACGCUGUUUAUCGUCUCUGAUGUCGAGUUGCUAGAUGCUGGCAGCUGCGGCCCUGCCUCUGCAUUAUGGUCAUAUAGUGAAACCAUGAAAAUUCCCGGAACACCAGAUGCAGCGCUCAU